CCCGCGCGUUUCUCGUCUGGGCGUGCGAGUCGGGCGGCCGUUCGCCUUUCGUCGGUCGUGAACGCGGAGUCGCGAGCUGUCCGCCUCAGUUUGUUGUUGCCUGCCGUCGUGCGUCGCUUCUCGCUUGGUUACUCCCCGAUGAUGCUGUGAAGCUGUCUGAAUCGAGACAUUUUUUGUUACUCGUCUUCCCUCAAGUCCUCACUAAGCAACACCAACAAAAAAAAACACACAUCUACCAGCACCAUUCGACACCAGCACCACCACGUGGAGCCAUGAUGUUCGAGGGACUGUCGGACGUGGAGGCGUACGAGGAUGAGCUGUACGGCGAGGUGGACUCGGAGUCCGACUCGUGCGUUGACAGCGAGGUGGAGUUCCAGCUUUACAGCCAGGUGCACUACAGCCAGCAGCUCCCAUCAGGCACGGAUGUCACAGCCGCAGACACCGCCGCAGACAAAACUGCAGGUGCCUCUGGCAAUGCUGCCGCUGCCAUCGUCAGCUCGACUCCUCGCCCGCUGAAACCCGAAGUCAUCGUCAUCUCGUCUGACGACUCGCCGGCUCCGGUGAUGCCCGUGAGUAGCAUCCGGGCGAGCGGCCGAGCGAAGGAGGCGACGGCGGUGAGGCGCGCCAAGCGCGCGACUCCGCACGUAGUGGUGGCGGGCGGCUGGAAGGCGACACGGGGCGGCACUCACGGCAGGGUGCGCGAGACCAUCACGCUCGAGACAGAAGGCUCCGACACGUCGCACGCGCAGACCCUCGACGACAGCAGCGACGACAAAGACAGCGGCGACGACGACGACGACGACGGUAGCUCGUCGGUGCGGAGCUGGAUGCUGCUGGGCGACAAGGGCGGAGGGAAGCGCGACGCACUGGAGAAGCCCGAGGAGAUCAUGAUCAACUUGAAGGGCGAUGGACGGCAGGGCAGAGAGUUCAGCUCGGAAGGUGACUCGGAGGGGGAGUGGACGGUGAAUGAGAAGGACAUGGAGGCCUCGCUGGAGAACAAGAGAGCGCCGUCGUUCCACUCCACCAGGAUCCGCUACUACGACAAGACGGUCACCUGCCGCAACUGUGACAAGCAAGGCCACCUCUCCAAAAACUGCCCGUCUGCCAGGAAGUUGCCGACCUGCGGGGUCUGUGGGACCAAGGGCCACGUGGUGAACGUCUGCCCGUUCCGGCUGUGCCCCAACUGCCACCGGCCAGGCCACGUCCUCUCCGACUGCAUCGAGAAGCCGGGGCACUACAAGCAGUGCCACCGCUGCUGCAUGACGGGACACUACGCCGACGAAUGCCCCGACACCUGGAGGCAGUUCCACCUGACGGUGGAACCUGGGCCCCUCGUGCGGCCGCCGGUGGAGCCGGACAGGGCCCACGCACGCGUCUUCUGCUACAACUGCGCCGCCGAGGGACACUACGGACACGAGUGCGUGCGGAGAAGGAUGGAUCUGUACAUAUACCCCACGGUGCCCUUCAUCUGCCAUUACGACAGCCCUCACGAAUUCCACCUCAGGGAGAAGAGAUUGCAGAGGAUAGCCAGAGAAUUGCGGGAGACGGGCCAGCUGCAAGAGUCUCUGCUGAACCCCCUUAAGCGGCGCCGCCUGGAGCUGGAGGCAGAGCAGGGCCUGAGCCAGAAGCAGCGCACGCGGCUCAAGGCGCGGCUCGACCGCGCCGAGGAGAGCGAGGCGGCGCGGCUCCACCGCAAGCGGCAGCAGCUGCGUACGCGUCGCCACGAGCACUACAUGCGCCGGACGGCCGGACUUCCGGCGUGGGACGGCAGCGGCGCCGGAAGCUCGCACCACUCGCACCACCGCCAGCGCGGCCACGACCGCCGCGAGAAGCGGGCCCGCGAAGCGCCGGUGGCGGAGGAGCGCAGCGAGCGGGGAUUCCAGCGGAGGGCGGCCGUGGCCGGUGAGGGCUACUUCCCUGCGGAGCCUGUCGAGUGGCAGAACGACAAGGGGAGGAAGAGGAAGGAGGAGAUAAAGCAGAGGUUGAAGUUGAAGGGGAAAAUGAAGAUGAAGAAACUGAGGGAGAAGAAGGCGCGGCGCAAACACGGGCGGUGCGCCGACGAGGAGGAGGGAGGCAGCGCGGACCGCGUGCCGGCGUUCCUGCCGCCGUCAAGAAAGAAGAGCAGGAGGAAGCGCGCGAGGGCGAGCGCCAGCGCCAGCGAGACGUGCGUGGAGUGAGUCUCGCGUGUGCAGAGGUUCUUAAACGGCGAUGCGGCAUGCGGGACAAACUCGCCACCGUGGCACGGCCAGCUAACAUUUCACGCUCCGCCUCAUUUAGCAAAAAGGGCCGUUACCAAAUCGCGCUGUCCUAACUCAGGUUGAAAGCAUUAACGCGUCAGCUCCAUCUGUCUGCUUGGGACGCGGAGGGCACGGUAACUCUCAAAGUUGAUCCAAUCUGGAGAAAUCUUCACUGUAAAGUUGUCUUGCUACCCUAUAGCAAACCAGCAACAUUAAUUAAAGGGUUGCCCUACAUUUGGGGACGAACCAGUGGUAAAAGGAUUUACCCUGGCACCUGCACCUGAAUGGCCAAGAUGUUCACGCCUCUGUCCCUCCCCACCGAUAUGAUCACACGCGAUGUGAUUUUGCUAUGUCGCACACCAUUCGCCCUGUGACAUAACUUAAUGCGGCUUGAAAGAUAACGUUACCGAUAAUUAGAAAUUUCCCAGAAAGCAUUACAGAAGCCACACAUGUGAAUUGUCUUCCUUCUUUUGUUCUUGCCCACAGUUCAAUGCGAUCGUGCUAUCGAUGUCACGAGACGUGUGUGCCAGAUGAUCCAUGUAGAUCUCUCACAGAGCAUUGCAAACCAUCGUGUUCGAGCGAAGGCCCACGGAAUCGGAUAUAGAACUACUUCUGAGAUCCCUUUAAGUGACCUCCGGUCCACGCAGAAGGGGAGGGGGGGGGGGGGAGUACUUUCACAACGGCUAUACCAACGUAAAUAAUAUAGGUCACACAUUAUAUUCUCACAGCUGUAAUGCAGCCAAGUUCUGUGUAGAACCAAGUUUAAUUUGAUGGCUUUUUGUAGUUGUUGGUGACCUGGCUGAGACCAUUCAUAGGGGCGCCAUGGUGGCGAGAUGUUAACUACCUCGCCCGGUAUACAGGAGGUCAUGGGUUCGAUCCUGACCCUGACGCCUGCAUAUUUGGAGUUUGCAUGUUCUACCCGUGGCUUCGUUGAUUAUUCUCUGGCUGCUCCGGUUUUGUCCCGCCACAUUUCGAAACGCGCGUUUGCAGUAUUUUGGCUGCUAUAAAUUUCGACAUGAUGAUAAGCCACUUCGGUGAGCUAUCAUUUGUGGUCAGAUUGCUUCUGAAAAAAGAGCUACGUAGCUCAGUGGGCCUUACCUGGUAAAAUAGAAAAUACUUGUAAUAGUUGUAUGAACUCACUGCACUUGAGGGGACCCUCACCUGGUUAAAAUCACAGGCGGGUGCCUGAAGUCGAACCCAGGAUCUCAGCGGUAGCAGCUUUCAUCACCCCAGCCUCCUCGCUUGUAUCACAAACCCGAUUCAUCUUCUUCUUUGGUUCUUUCGGUAAAGUCACGUAGAAUGAGAAUAAAAUAAUAAAUUGAUAAAAUAAAAAGACAAUAAAAUUCUCACGACGUUUCGGCCACAACACAAGCAGCCUUCAUCAGUUGAAAGAACAGAACUGUUGGGACGACAGUGCUCCAAUGAGCAUUGUUGUGAUUCGUUGCGUCUUUUUAAGCUCGGUGAGAGGCGUGAAACCUCUUGACAAAGGAGUUUAUGUAUCAAAGCAGGAGAAUUUAGCGAUGAUAUAGCUGAGGGAUUAGCUUGUGACAGAAAUAGCUAUGUUAAAGUCAGAGUUUACCUAUUAGUAUAUGGACGCUAAAGGCCUCCAACUACCCAACUUUCAUACAGUAAACCGAUGUGAAAAGAACUAAGUGUAUAUUACAUGAUAUAAUAAAUGUACUUAAUAUAUUCUUCAAUAAGCAGGGCUAUUAAUCACAAAGCAGCUUAUUGAAGAAUAUAUUAAUAUA